CAUGAUGUCACCAAGUUCCUUUCCGAAGAAGGAAGCAGAAGCUACCUUUCUGUAAGACUAGAGAAGCUGCUAGGAUUCUGCAGUGGAUUGUCGCCAUGUCGUGGAUACGAGAUAAAGAAUUGUCUUUGAUUGAACGUCUGUGCGCGAAUGUGCUAAAGGCUGGUCCAAUACCUAAGCAUGUUGCUUUCAUUAUGGAUGGGAACAGACGCUAUGCCCAGAAGUGCCAUGUGGAAAGACAGGAAGGUCACUCACAAGGCUUUGAAAAACUUGCUGAGACUCUCCGCUGGUGUUUAAACUUGGGCAUAUGCGAAGUGACAGUGUAUGCAUUCAGCAUUGAGAACUUUAAGCGUUCAGCAGAGGAAGUGGAGGGUUUGAUGGAGCUGGCUCGUCAAAAAUUUACCCGUCUACUGGAGGAGAGGGAGAAGUUGGAAAAGCAUGGUGUAUGUAUCAGAGUGCUGGGUGAUUUGACCUUACUUCCCCUGGACAUUCAGAAGCUGAUAGCACAAGCCAUGCUGGAGACCAAGGCCUACUCUAAGUGUUUCCUAAAUGUUUGCUUUUCUUAUACGUCCCGACAUGAGAUCAGUAAUGCUAUACGAGAGGCAGCCUGGGGAGUGCAGGAGGGACUACUGGAUCCAAGGGAUGUAACAGAGUCUCUUCUGGACCAGUGCCUUUACACUUCUAAAUCUCCAGAACCAGACCUUCUAAUCCGUACCUCUGGAGAGGUUCGUCUGAGUGACUUCCUUCUGUGGCAGACGUCCUAUUCCUGCUUGGUAUUUCAAUCUGUACUGUGGCCAGAAUAUACAUUUUGGAACCUUUGUGAAGCUGUUUUGCGUUACCAAUACAACUACAGUAACAUCCAGAAGGCCAAGGAGCUGCAUCAUCGACAGAGAGCAAGGCUUCAGCUAGAAAGUGACCAAUCCUGGGUGCAGGAAACUCUAUGGAAUAAAGAGUACUCUAAUGCAGAAGAAGACUUAAUUCUCUUCCAAAAGCUACUGCAGAAAUGUAAAGCUGGGAGGGAGAAAAGGACGCAGGAUUUUAUAUGUGCUCUGGAGAAAAAAAGAACUGAUCUCCUUCAAACUCUCUGUGCAUCUUAACAGGGAAGUGGCCAGAGAGUGUUGGGUUUAGAACACUGCAUUUAUAUACGUUUGUGAUCAACCUAGGACUUACACACCUCACAUCUGCUGUGCAUAGUCCAAAAGCAGGAAAAGCAUAUCCAGUCUCUGUCAGGUGAAUGCUUUGCCGAUACAAUGGGCCCACAUACCUGUUGCAUUUCAGAUUUGUCAUAGAUAUUUAGAAAGGGUAGAAAAUGGGUUCCAUUUGAGGCUGUAAGCAUCUAAUUAUCUGUCCUUUAGGCAGCUGUAUAUCACUUUUCCUGGAUUUUCCACAAUCGGUUUUAAACAGCAGAGCCUGCUCUUGAGGGACCUAUAUAGUAGGCAUAUUUUGGACCAAUGUUCAAUUAAAUGACAUUCAGCAGUUAUGCUGAGUUAAGUCUUUACCUGACUUUACUUCACUUUUUUUAUUGUUCCUUGGAAGUGUAUUUUCUGUGAUACCUGCUUUGCACUAAUUAGGCCACAUGUUCUUACCCUGUCCCUAACCACUAGUUGUCAAAGUUUUUCAGAUCAAGCCCAUUUGAAACUCCAGCCUUUGGUCAAAGCCUCCCUUAUAUCAUAAAAGGAGUACAGAUAUAAGAAAAUCUAAGUUUGUUUAUUCAGGCAUAGUAUCAAGAAUAUGGAUGAUGUGUAUUUGACAGCAAAUACAUAGCAUCCAAACUUUCACCUUUAAAGGAGAAGGAAAGGUUAAAACUAAGUAAGCCUUAUCAGACAGGUCCUCCUUAAUAUACCAGUAAACCCUCAAAGUAAUGCUGCCCUCUGUCAAAAGAAACUGCAUUUCUUUCCUUCUAUUGUGUAUACAUGGGCUUCUGUAUCAGACUUUCUGCCUUCAUCUUAAACCUCCUUGCCCCGGUCGUGAGCAUGCUCAGUUUGCUCCUCUUCCCCCUCCCUUCUCUGCUUUAAUCUGAGCCCAGAGCUAAAAGUGAGCAGGGACAGACUCGGGCAGGAAGUGAUGUCACACCAAGCUAAUACUGAAACUGCUAUCCUAAACAAACAGAGAGCUUCUAGAGCUUUUUACCCAGGUAUGGUAAUGCAUUCUACAGAAUAAAUAAAGCAUUCUAGCUUGCACUAUUGCAGCUAAUCUAUUGGCAGUAAAAUGCCUCCGUAGCUUUCCUUCUCCCUUAAUUUACCUUCAAGCUGGACUUUCAGGUUUAUCUAGAACAGGGGUGCCCAAAAGGUAAAUCGGUAUCUACCAGUAGACCUUUAGAUGGUAAUCAGUAGAUCUCAAGACUCUGUCAACAAACAGCUUGACUAAAUUACCCUCCUAUUUCAUGGUUUUUCAUUCAGAUAUUUAUUAUGUUAAGGUUACAGAAGAAGUAGUUUUUAUACAUAUAGCAAUAUACAAUUUCUUAUAAAAUCAAUAUCUAAGUAGUAUUUUAAUGGACAGAAUGCUAACAAUGCUAUUCUGGAUGUAGAUCAUAAUAGGACAUCACUAAAAGUAGACCUUGCAUUAGUAAAGUAUGGGUACUCCUGAUCUAGAAGAUCAAAUAACUAAUCUUGCUGUAACUGGCCUUUAGGCUGAGCCCCCAGUGCUGCAAGGCCUGACCUCGGGGUAAUCUCAAGAGUUUUGGGGCAACUGCUGUAGACAAUUAGUUGAUGGGUAAUUCUGACUGACACCUGUGCUGUGUAGAUAUCCUGAAACAUGCACUGCUGGUAAAGGAUAUAAGAAUCAUUAACUUAGAUCUUUUUCCCAGCUAGGGGUUGUUCAUAUUUUAGCUAACUUUUUACUAUGAUGUAGAGCGUGAUAUUCUGAGACAGGUUGCACUUGGUCUUUUUUAUUAUUAUGUGUUCAUCUUUAAUUAUGAAGCUUUUUGUGCAGCAGUUCUUCUGUUGGUAAUUUCAGAAGCUAUCUGGUUGGUAUGUCCAAAUUACUGUAGCAUCCAAGCAGAGGUAUGAGUGUGAGAUUGAAAUGUGAAAAGGACCAUCUGCUUUGGUCAUAGAGUAAUAAACAGUAAUAGAUGAACUUGCAGUUCUGAUAAAAUUUGGAGGCUGCCUUUAACUAGUCUUGAUUAUAUACUAAUAAAGGGCAGCUAAAACUUGAAGUAAUUUUGUGUCUAGCAAGCAAGUAUUUUUUUUUAAGCUAGGAUUGACCUCUCUCUAUGCCUCCCCCACUAUACAUUCUCUGGUAUUGGAGCAGAGUUGUUACAGCUUCUUUCAUAUUAAAGCAGACCUUUUAGGGCAUAAUGAAGCUAUGAAAUAGAAAAAUUCACAGAUUACCAAGAUUUAAUGGGAUACUGCCCAUUAAUUAAACUCUUGCUGGCUUGCAUAAAGCCACAAAAGAGGACCAAGCAUUUAGCCAUUUAUGGCCCUAUAGUAGAAACCUGAGUGGGUCUGUUUUUACAGACCCGUGCCCAAUUCCUACCCUCUUACCUGCAUUCUUUUCCCAGCAAGUUAUACCCGCCCGGCCCCUGACAUGCGCAUCACGGACCUUGGAAGUGACCACACUAAAGAGCAUUUUUGCCUGGAGGAGUAAUACAGAUUUUACUUUUUGUUUCCAAAUGGCUGCCGAACUGCAUCUAAAGGGUGCCUGCGGACCACCCGCAUGUUUGGGACAUGAAGGAUAUUCCCACUGAGUCCGACUGCAGGUACCCAAUCCGCGGAAAGGCUCUUCCCUAUGAUGCUGCUAAACAGCUUGAAUAGAGGUUCCUACAUCAUACACCCCCUUUGAUAAAGAUAAAAAACCGAAAAAAAAAAAAA